AUGGCUGACUCAAUAAAACAAGAAUCUGAAAUCGUAACCGAUAAAGUAGCAGGAACUGAACCAGAAGCUCGUCAUGAAGCUAGUCAUGGUGGUGAUGCUGUAAAAGAUAAAACCGAUGAAAACAAAUUCGAAACAGGAAAAGAAUCAACCAAAAGUAGUGUUGAACAGGAUGUUAAAAAUUUUGUUGAAGCUGUUAAAGAAAAAGCUGCUGGAGCUUUCAACUUUGUUGCUGGCGGCGAAGGCGAAGGAAAGGGUCUUGUUGGAACUGUAAAAGAAAAAGCUGCUGAAGCUUAUCAUUAUGUUGCUGAAAAAGUGACUGAAGCAACACAUGUUGUAACUGGUGAUUCUAAUAAAGAAGUCAUUAAGGAUUCCAGUCAAUCAAGUGUUACAGCUGCGGCUGUUACAGACAAGCCUAACGAACAAGUAAACGAAGCUGAAACUCAAAAGUAA